AUGCAUGCGCCGAGCUUGUCUUUGGCAAACGACUAUAGACACCCAGCUGCUCCGCAACAGGGUCGACCGUUCGUCUCGACCGCCGAUGCGACUGCGGCGCACCAUGCUCAGCUCGUUGCCCACUACUGGCACUUUGCACAGCAAGGCGUCGUCGCGCCGGUGAUCGAAGGCGACCUCUACCAGUGGCGUGCAAGGGAGGAGGCUCUUGAGUGGGCUCAACGCCAUGGCAUCGUUCUUUCGCACCCUGAGAACUCUCCCACCCCCGCGACGGUGCACGGUGGGGCCGCGUCCGUAUCGGCGGCGACUCACCAACUGCCGACUAGCCCGGCCGCACCUCUUCCUGAUGGUAAGUACCUGGCAACACAGCGUCUCGCCGUUUCGCCAAUGCUGCCUUCCAAAUAUUACAGGUGCUAAUGCCGAGGAUGCCCGAACGCAGCAGGCCCUCGCUCGGGCCGUCCACUUCCGACUCCAAAACCCAACCCCGUCCCACUUGCUCCAUCUGUCUUCUCUCUUCCGGACUCGAAUCGUCCCGCACCGUCAUCAACAUCAUCUGUCGUGCCCGCUGUCUUCGUGGAAGGCAACGAAUGUGUCUCGACACCAUCUGCUGCGCUGUUGACCGCGUUCCCAAUAGACGAACCUUCACCAGGCCAGGCGGACGACACCAGCGGAGUUCCGACCUUCACUAUGGUAUUGGAAGAUGAAGGGCCCGAGCCAUGGUCCGCAGUCAACCUAGCCACAACCUUUGAUUCGAAAACUUUGACAUCCCCGCUACCGCCACUCCACCCUCGAUUCGAUCCGAGCCAUCCUUCGCACUACCUUUACCACCCGAGUUCUUCUGCUCCGGCACUAUUUGACAACGACAACGUCACCUGUCACGGCUGUGAUGGGACGAUACUAGGUCGUAAGUUGUUGGCGAUGGGGAAGCAAUGGCACCCUGAAUGCUUCGUGUGCUCGCUCGAAGGCUGCGGGCAACGACUGGAGCACGUCGAAUUCGAUGGAAAGGAUGACCGGGUUUAUUGCAUUCUGCACUUUGAAGAGGUAGGUCUGUUAUUAUCCUUGCCUGCAGCAUCUCUCCACGCUGAUGAAGUGAUGGAAACUCGGAUUACGCUGUGCAGCUCUUUGCCGAUAUCUGCUAUCAUUGCAAGACACCCAUCACAAUUGAUCAAGUCAUUACAAUCGACGACCCGCGACUUCUGCCACCGACCCGACGAACCUACCAUGCUUUGCACCUCUUCUGCAGCUCAUGCGGCGAUCCCUUCAUCGAACCCAAGCUGCUCUUUCCGGAUAAAGACGAGGCUACGCCAGACCCUUACACCAUUCAUGAAGGCUUUGUGUACUGUGAGAACUGUGAUCUGCGACUAUGGAAGCCAAAGUGCGCGAGUGCAAAGUGCGGGCACUCGGGCAUUGCAAAUGGAUGGAUUGAGAUUGGGGAUCAGAAGUGGCACGAGGAAUGCUUCUGCUGUAGAGUAAGUCUUCUUCUCUUCUCUACCUCUCUAUUGCGAAUCAAUUAGGAUUAAUUUACUGACCCAAUCUACUUUCAGAUGUGUGACACACCCUUGACAGGAUCAUACAUGGUGCCGGAGGGAGGACAGAACGAAGUGCUUUGCCUUGCCUGCUUUGAUGGUUGA